AUGCUUCAAUGCUUAGCUCCUAAUCAUCUUGUGUUCAACUGUAGACGCAAGACUUCAUGCAGAGUAUGUGGGAAAAAGCAUCACUCCUUAUUGCACAGAGACAAAAAACUAACAUCUGAAGAAGGUCGAGACUCAGAGAAAACAAAACAAAAGGAUCAAGCACAACCUAAAGAUAUGAGGGUAACUGUGACACACAUUUUAGGAGAGAAACAACCUGAUCAAAUGGGAUUAUUGGCAACGGCACUGGUAGAUGUCAGUACAAGUGAAGGUCAAACACACGUCUUCCGGGCGCUAAUUGAUCAGGGCUCAGAGGCAUCGGUCGUCACUGCGAGAGUGGUGGAGUUACUGGGUUUGAAAAAAUUCAGAAUCAGCGGCGUUGUCUCUGGAGUAGGUGACAACUCAAUAAGUAUUAAUCAUACAACACAGUUACAAAUAAUUUCUAGAUGUGAACAAUUUUCAUUAAAGGUAAAUGCUUUUAUUUUAAAAUCAUUAACUAGUAUGCUUCCUCCUAAAAAUGUAAAUCUUAGUUAUCAUAAUUGGUCUCAACUUAGUAAUAUUAAACUAGCCGAUCCAACUUUUGCCUCAUCUGGUAGGAUAGACAUUUUACUGGGUGCUGAUGUAUUUGGUAAAAUAAUAGAUGUAGGUUUGAUAAAGGGACCAGGUGAAGUAGUUGCACAAUGUACACGGUUGGGUUGGAUUUUAUCAGGCCGAUUGGGUGAUUCAAAUACACAACAUGUAAAGAGUUUGCAUAUAUUAAGACAAGUUGAGGAAGAUAAUAAUCUUUUAAAGAGAUUUUGGGAAGUAGAAACAGAUUUAUAUAAAAAAAGAAAGAUUUUAACAAAGGAAGAGGAACGAUGUGAAGAGAAUUACAAGAAUACGACGAAGAGAGAUAAUACUGGAAAUUACAUUGUAUACUUACCUCUGAAGCAAAGCAUCGAGGACACGGUAAAGCUGUGUGGUAACACUAAAGAUCAAGCGGUACAUAGAUUUAAACAAUUAGAAAGGAAGUUUCAGAGACACCCUAAGUUGAAAGAAGAAUAUAAGAAAGUAAUACACGAGUACAAGGAAUUAGGACACAUGAAAAAAUCUGAAACAACAGAUGAUAUAAACGCCAUUUAUCUCGCUCAUCAUGCUGUAAUACGGGAAGAAAAGGACACAACAAAGGUUCGUGUGGUAUUUGAUGCUUCGGCGAAAGGGGCUGGAGGUUUUUCUUUGAAUGAUAACAUGAUGGUGGGACCUGUACUGCAACCGGACCUGAGAAGUUUAAUUACAAAGUGGCGAACACACAAAGUUUGCGUGAUAAGUGAUAUCGAGAAAAUGUAUCGAAUGAUUAAACUGACGGAUAAACACACUAAAUUACAACGAAUACUAUGGCGGGAUAAUCCGGAUGAAAGUCUGGAAAGUUAUGAUUUAACAACUGUUACCUUCGGCACGGCAGCAGCUCCUUACCUCGCAGUGAGAACCUUAAACCAAGUAGCUGAUGACGAAGCAGAAGAAUAUCCAGAUACUGUACCUGAAAUAAAAGGGUCAUUUUAUGUUGAUGAUUACAUGUCAGGAAGUGAUAAUAUAGAAAAGGCUAAGAAGCUAUGUAAGGAUAUUAAAACAGUACUAAAAAGGGGAGGUUUUAAAAUGCAAAAAUGGUCUAGUAAUUCUGAAGAGUUGUUACAAUUUAUACAAGGUCUUACAUGGGAUAGAAAGGAUGAUAAAUUUAAAGUAACAGUAAACUUACCUGAUUUAACGUAUCCUAUAACAAAAAGAUCCAUUCUUUCUGACGUUGCUCGUCUCUUCGACCCCUUUGGUUGGCUAUCUCCUUUAGUAAUCGUAGCAAAAAUUCUAAUUCAAAAACUCUGGCUUAGCAACCUUGGGUGGGAUGAUGAACUACCUGUUGAAUUAGUGGAAGAAUGGAAGAAUUACAGAGAUGACUUACCUGAAUUGAAGACUAUAGAAAUACCACGAUGGUUCCAUACAAGCGCUGGCACUAAGGAAAUUCAAAUCCAUGGCUUUGCAGAUGCUUCAGUGACGUCUUACGCUGCAGUCACUUACCUGAGAGUCGUUGACGAAGAAGAUAAUGUCCAAAUCACAUUGAUUGCAUCUCGUACAAGAGUAGCUCCUUUAAAACAACUCACUAUACCAAAACUUGAGCUGUGUGCAGCGGCAUUGUUAUCUGAGCUCGUAGAGGAAAUAUCUGGUUUGCUUAACAUUCCCAUUGAACAAAUUUAUGCUUACACAGAUUCGAUGGUGGUUUUGUCAUGGCUUCAGUCGCAACCACAUCGUUGGCGCACAUUUGUUGGAAAUAGAGUGGCUGAUAUAUUAAGAGUUUUAGAUAAUAGUAGAUGGAACCACAUUAAGUCAGAGGAAAAUCCUGCAGACAUUGCUACAAGAGGUGUUAAGGCUAGUGAACUAAAAGAUACCAAGCUGUGGUGGAAUGGGCCGCAGUGGCUAAAUCACAGAUAUAUCGAACGGUUAAAGGUUAAAAUUCCUGGAACUGAUCUAGAAAAGAAAAAUUUUAACAUACAUUUACUUGAAGAAGAAACACCGAUAUGGGAGAGAUUUUCUAGUAUAUCUAAAAUGAAGAGAGUAUUGUCAUAUUGCAGAAGAUUUUUAAAGGUAAAGAAUAAAAGAAAUAUUGAGAAACACUUAACGAUAAAUGAAAUGGAAAUGAUUUUAGAGAGUUGUAUUAAAUAUUAUCAAAAGAAAGCAUACAAAAAAGAGAUAGAAGACAUCAAUAAAGAUGGAAAAGUAAAGAAAAGAAGUUCCCUUGCAACGCUUUCUCCUUUCUUGGAUAAGAACGAGAUGAUAAGAGUUGGGGGACGUUUGCAAAAUGCAAACAUUGCUGAGUCUUCAAGACAUCCAAUUAUAAUACCGCCAAAGGUUCAUGUUGCUAAAUUAUUAGUCAAGGAGGCACACAUUAGGACUCUCCACGGUGGUAUUCAAUUAAUGAUGGCAUAUAUUCGAAGUAAAUACUGGAUUAUUAAUUUAAAAAAUGAAGUUAAAAAAUGUAUAAGAAUGUGUAAAGUUUGUAUAGUCGACAAAGCAAAAAUCUCAACACAGAAAAUGGGUCAACUUCCUUACGUGAGAGUUAAUGAGCAUCGAGCCUUUCUAAACACGGGCGUUGACUAUGCUGGCCCUAUAUACAUAAGAACAUCCAAGGGGCGUGGUCACCAUGCAACAAAGGCAUAUAUCUGUUUGUUUGUUUGCAUGGCGACUCGUGCUAUUCAUUUAGAAGCUGUAACUGAUCUCACAGCACAAGCUUUUAUUGCAUCAUUUCGCAGAUUUGUUGCUAGGAGAGGACCUUGUCUACAUUUAUGGAGUGACAAUGGUACUAACUUUAUCGGUGCCGCCAAGGAGCUUAAAACACUUUUCAAAAAGGGCAAAGACAACAUCACGGAGGAAAUCGCAGAAUUGUUGGCCAAUGAUGGGACGACGUGGCACUUUAUUCCUCCAAGAAUGCCAAAUUAUGGCGGUUUGUGGGAAGCAGGUAUACAAUCAGUUAAGAGACACUUAGUGCGAGUAAACAAAUCUACAAAAUUAACCUAUGAAGAGAUGGCUACACUAUUGACGCAGAUAGAAGCAUGCCUAAAUUCGCGUCCAUUAUGUCAACUUGAUGAAACCGUUGAAACGCUAAACCCACUUACACCAGGACACUUUCUCAUUGGAGAACCCUUAAUCGCUGUGCCUGAUGUAAAUUAUGAACUAAGAAAUAUUAACCUACUUAGCAGAUGGCAGAUGAUACAAAAGAUGACCCAAGAUUUUUGGCGACGAUGGAGGUUAGAAUAUUUGAACACUAUGCAACAACGCUAUAAAUGGCAAACUGACAUACAAUCACCAAAUAUCGGAGACAUUGUUAUUAUCAAGGAAGAUGAUUUGCCACCAACCAAAUGGUUAUUAGGACGUGUAAAAGAUGUGCAUCCAGGAUCAGACAAUUUAGUUCGCGUUGUAUCCGUCCAGUGUAAAGGCAAUAAUAUUUUAAAGAGACCUCUAUCCAAACUUAUUAUUCUUCCUAAAGAAAUUAAAGACUAA